AUGACUGCUCCUUUCAAAGAUACAGUUGGAAAUGCAGCUGAAAGAAAUUUGGUUUCAUCAUUAGAAUUAGUAACUCUUCAAUUUGUUACGUCAAAAGGAUAUAAAAUUUCUUACGAAGGUCUGAACAAACUUAAAUGUCUUGUUGGCGGUGGCGCUGGUUUCAUUGGAAGUCAUCUAGCACGGCGAUUGAAAUCAGAAGGUCAUUAUGUAGUUGUGGCAGAUUGGGCACGAAAUGAGUAUUUCAAUGAAGAUGAAUUUUGUAAUGAAUUUUUUCAUAUUGAUUUACGUGUGCUGGACAAUUGUCUAAAAGCAUCAGCUGGAUGUGACUGGGUAUUUAAUUUAGCUGCCGAUAUGGGUGGAAUGGGCUUUAUCGAAUCGAAUCAUUCUGUCAUUUUGUGGAACAAUACAAUGAUCUCAUUUAAUAUGCUCGAAGCUGCUCGUCGUAAUGGUUGUAAACGUUUCUUUUAUUCUUCUACUGCUUGUAUUUAUCCUGAAUGUAUUCAGACGACAGAAGAUGCGAAAAGUCUACGUGAGGAUGAUGCAUGGCUUGGAAAACCACAAGGUGCAUAUGGUUUGGAGAAACUCGUUUCUGAAGAAAUUGCCACGCAUUAUGGUCGUGAUUUUUCAGUCGAAAUUCGUAUUGCUCGAUUUCAUAAUAUUUAUGGACCUCAGGGUACAUGGAAAGGAGGUCGAGAGAAAGUACCAGCAGCUUUUUGUCGCAAAGUGCUUGUCGCACACGAAGGAAAUAAUAAUGGUGCAGUGCAAAUAUGGGGUGACGGAAAACAAACACGUUCAUUCUGUUAUAUUGAUGAUUGCGUCGAAGGUGUUCUACGAAUAAUGAUGAGUGAUUAUAAUCAACCUUUAAAUUUAGGUAGUGAUGAAAUGUUUUCAAUCAAUGAAAUAUGCGAUAUAGUAGCUGAAGUUGGAGGUGUUUCUAUUCAUAAGAAACAUAUUCUCGGACCUGAAGGAGUACGUGGCCGUAAUAGUGACAAUACACGUAUUCAAUCGAUACUUAAUUGGGCACCACAUAUAACUUUUAAAGAAGGUAUUCGAAAAACGUAUGCUUGGAUCAAAGAUGAACUCGAAAAAGAACGAUCAUUAAGGAAUAUAGCUCAGUAUGCCGAGUCGAUCAUCGUUGUGGAAACUAAUGAUAGCAUGCAGCAUACUAAGCAAGUUAAAAGUUGA